AUGAACUCGUUUUGGACCUUCCUCGAUUGGAUUUUGCCUUCAGUGCGAUUAUCUGACGAUCUCGACGACGCCUACGCCUUGGCCGACGACGCUCAUUCCGUGGCCGACCCCCAUCCCAGAAUUCGCGGCCACGACCCCCGCCGCGACUGGGCGGCUGACCGCGACCGCGAGCUGGAGCGCGACCGGGACCGCCAGCGCAUCCAAUCCCUCGAGCGUGAAAAUGCCGCCCUCUACCAGCGCGUCGCUGCCCUCGAGCGCGACGUCCAGGCCGCUCGCCAGUCUCUCGCCGCCUUCUCCCUCCAGCCAGAACCGUCCACCCCGCCCCAGAUAUACCGCCCGUCGACCACCGAACCAGCCAACCGCACGUCCUACGACUCCCUCCUCGCCUCCUACACCCUCACCCGCCGCACGCUCCACGACCGCACAGAGGAGGUCGCCAGCCUCAAGUCUUUCCUUAGCAAGACUGACGAAUGGUCCGGCGCACAGCUCAUCCAGGCCAUCCGUGACCUCAAUUCCGAGAUCGUCCAGCUCGCUGCGUCUGUUGCCGAGGAGUUUGCCUCCGCACUCGACAGACGUCUCGACCUCUCCCGCCAGUCCGACCGCGAUCUCGUCAACACUGCCCUCGGGCCCGUCAUGAUGAACCUCCUUGUCACCCGCGACCACGCAGGCGACCCGACCCUCGUCCAGUUCGCAAUCCAGGCGUGGGAGGUCUGCUGCGUCGGCCGCGUCCUCGACUCGUUCUGCUUCGGCCUCCCGUCCGACAUUGACCAGUUCCUUACCAACGUCUUUGAGCACAUGCACCACGCAGAGCCACAGCCGACGACCUCGCGGUGGCGCGCGCUCACCUACAUGCACUCCCGCGCCCUCCUCACCCCGCCGUCCCGCUCGUCCACCCCGCCGCCGUCCUCGAUGCUCUCCCUCAAUGAGACCAACCUCCGCGGCCUCCUUGCCAUCCUCGCGCUGUCUGGCUGCACCGACUCUCGCGGCGUCCACCGCGACCCCCUGCGGACGCGGUAUGGCGGCGCGAUCGCGCGUAUAGGCGAGCGGGUCGAGCGGAUCGUCGGCGUCAUCAAGGAGGGCGUCAUGAGCGGGGUGUUCGAGGUGACCUGGGUUGCUGGUAAGGGCGUCGCCUCCAAUGCGUCGCGGAAGGACAAGGAGAGGGACCGGUGGUUCGACUGGGCGUCGAUGGAGAACAUCUAUGCGGGCCACGGCUCCGAGCAGAGCAAGGUCCUCUGCACCGUCGAACUCGGGCUUGCGUGCGUCAGGCGCGUAGGUUGGGCCGGCGGCUCGGCGGAGCAGGACCAGUCUGCAGAUGCGAGGGGUAAGGUGAACGGCCAUGGCGGGGCGGGACUCAACGGGAACGGUGCUGCAAACGGGGCGUCGAGCGAAGGGACACUGAAUCGUAGUGUGCUUCUCAAACCCAAGGUUCUCUUAGAGUCCAUCACCGACAUCCUGUGA